AUGGCAAUGCCGUGGGAAGGCUACCAGCAUCCCCCCUUUGACGAAGAUCGAUUUAACAGGCUUGUGCAAGCCUUCAACGCUAUACCCAACACUCCCGAUGCGCGCCUCAAAAGAGACAUUUGGCACCGAUUGAAUGCGCUCAACAGGAAAAAGCUGGACAGAAUGGAGAGGGAAAAUAGGCGGUAUGAAAGAAUACUACGCGAGCGAGAGAUGCGGGCAGAACGUAUCCGGGCUCGAGAUGAGCGCGCUGCAGAGCUACGGUGCGAUCCUGAAGAAUUACCGCUCUUUGUGACUACGCAUGUGCCGAUUUCGAUAUGGUGGAGGGGCAAACGGAAGCAGUGGAUCUUGUUCUAUCGCAAACAUAUCAUCCCCAUCAUCAACAAACUCUUCCGCGAUUUGAGCUUCCUGGUCUGGCUUCUGCAGAUUGUGCAAUUCGAGAGUAGAGGACAGAAGUUCAGCCAUCAGCUGGCUGUCGUCAUGCCUUGA